CCUACGUCACUUCCUCCGGAAAACAUGGCGGCUGCCAGUCCGUCAGUUUCGGCGAAUUCACUACUCAGAAAUGUUGUUAUCAAGACCGAGCCAGAAGCCGAGGAGGAUCUAGUCAUCAGCCCGGAGGAAGUGCCUCUCAAGCGGGACCCUGUGGUCCCUUUGUCGUCCCCGGUGAGCGGGCUGCAGCCUCUGUGCUGGUCUCAGGACCACCGCCUGGCUGUGUGCACCACCAGCUCCCUGUCUGUGAUGGAGCUGGUGUGCGACGUCCACAACAACAAACAAGACCUGGCGCUGCACAGGACCUCAAUCCCUGUCCCGACCAAUGUGUACCAACUGCGGGUUGGACCAGCAGCAGAACUAGCCCAAGCAAUGGAGAAGUUCUCUGACCAUCCAGACCCGACGGUGAGGCAGGACUUUCUGGCCGACAGAGUGAUGAAUCCGUCAGUAGGCGUGCACAAAGGAAUCAAAUAUGCCAGCUGGUCUCCAUUAGGAUGUGACUCCAGCGGGCGCUGUCUGCUCGCCUGCCUCACACUUGAACACAGACUUACCAUCCACAACAGCCUCAAACGACUCGAGUGGAACGCGCUAGUCGAUCUCUCCAAAAAGUACGGCGAGAGACUAAAGGAGCGAGGCUACGCCAAAAAAGACGACAAGCCUCCAGAGGCGGACCUGCUGGACUAUGACGAGUUGCGGCGGCGUUUCUGCAUGCAGACUCCCAUCAGGAUGGAGUGGUCGAGUGUUUACACCAUGAAACAGGUUCAGGCGGACAACACGUGCCUCGAUGUUGAUAUGGUGCUUCUGGCUGUCUUAAUGGAAAACGGGGACCUUGUCUUGUGGAAGUUUGUGUUGCCCUUUUUAAACGGGGACGACGUCCUGUUCUACGACCUCAUCGAAUCAGGAGUGUCACGACCCAGCGACUUGGCGUGGUGGGAGUACGAGGGCGCCGACCGUCGCAUGAGCGGCCUGAUCGUCGGCAGCGAGGUGGGACCCGUUAAGAUCGUGCCCGUCAGCCUUACGGGAGUGAAGGGCUACUUCACCCUCCGACACCCCGUCAUCCUGUGGAAGGAGUGUGAUGAGAUCGCCGUCGAAAACAUCAAAUGCGUCCCGAUGAUCCAUCCCAUCCAGAAGUCAAGCUGCAGCCUCAUCGUGGCAUCGCGCGGCUGCUACCUCUUCUGGUGUUUGCUCAUGAUCUCACCAGCCGGACUUAACGUGCACAACUCUCACGUGGCGGGGCUGCACUCGCUCCCUAUUGUCUCACUAGCAGUCAGUCAUCACGGCGUCGCGGUGUACACCUGUUCCAUGGACGGGGAGAUAAAGAAGCUGACGCCGACGUUUACAGAGAACACUUUGAUUUUCAAACCGGAGGACAUGUUGCAACCCGAGGACCUGAAGGGGAGAAGGAUACACGGGAUUACAGUCAGCCGUAAUGGAGCGUACGUUGCACUCGUCAGUACAGCUGGAAUGAUCGGCGGCUUUCAUCCAACAAACAGGAUCUACCAGGUUCACUUUGUGGCGCUGAAAACGCCAGAAAAGGCCGCCGCACUGCUGCUCAAGUCCCCCACACAGAGCUUGUACAAAAUGGCUGAUAUACUUGAUCUGGUCAGGUGGCAAAUUUUGAAAAACAAGAGCAUCCCCGAGUCACUGCUGGAGGAGAUCGAUCAGAAGAUCCAGGAAGUAGACUCUCUGUACUUCUGGCGAUUUAAGCUCUUCUUGGUGCGGAUUCUUUACCAGUCGCUGCAGAAGCCCGCUACAGAUCACCGCUGGAAACCUUCACUUGACGAAAGCAAAGUGCUCGUGAGGGACGAGACGGAUGAAGAGGAGGAGCAGGAUUCCGAGGAGGAGGAGGAGGAAGGUAAGGAUGGAGAUGCCGUGCGAGAGGAAAAGGAGCCAGCGGACGUGAAACCAGAGAAAGAGGUCAAUCUGGAGGAGCAGAUAGAGGAGGUUCAGGCAUGGAUCAAUUCUGUGGAGGCUCACCUGAUGAGAGAAAACAUCAAGAAGGUGCUGGGGGUGGUGUACCUCAACACCAUAAUCACUCAGAACACAAGCAUACCCACCUGUGGCCUGAUGGAGUAUCUCUCCAGAGACGCCAACGACCGAGCUUCAGAGGUCCUGAUUGGCCACAUCAAGAAGAAGAUGAACAAGCAGUCGUUCCCGGAGCGCUGCAGCCUGUGUCAGGCCGUGCUGCCCUUCUCAGACCACAAACAAGCGAUCUGUCAAAACGGUCACAUGUGGCUCAGGUGUGUGUUGUCAUACCGAGCCUGCCAAACGCUGACGUUCAGACGUUGCCUCCUGCUGGAUUCCAUCGCCAGACUGCCAGAGCCUGAGGAUCCAGAGUGGAUAAAGAAGAUCCUUCAGGCGCCCUGUAAUCUCUGCGACUCACCGAUGAUCUAGACGAGACCGAACCGAAGGAACCGAAGGAACCUCAGGGCGUCCCUGCGACCACCAGAGCAUCCGUCUCUGACACAGGGUCCAAUUAUGUCAGAAAUCACUGCAGCAGUUUUUUAAUGUCAUGGUUUGAUUUCUUUAUUUUGGUAUCUUUUCAGUGCAAAUAAAAAGGCUUUGAUUAUA